AUGGCAGAGAGCAAGUCGUCAACCCGCGAGAGCUGCUCCCAACGAGUUCUAUCGGCCGUGGUCUUUGUGCUUUUGGUUCUGGUGUUGGCUGCCGUUCUACAGACGUAUCGGCGGUUGACUCGUGGGCAUGGCGAGGUGGUCACUGCCUCAGAGGCUGUUCAAGUUGGUUUGCACACGACCCCGCGUCCUUUGGAGCCGGAUCCAUACCAACCAUACACUGUGGCCUCGGAUGAGCCGCUCGCCGUCCCUUUGAGGAGCCACAGAAGCCACGAGGAGCACAAGGAGCCGUCGGAGCCGUCAGCCAAGGAGCAUGCCAAACAUGCUCGAAUCCCAAGAAUGAGUGCUGAAGAUGCUCUGAAAGCAGAGCGGGAGGCAAGAGAGAAUGUCAAGUUUGGAUACGGAUCAGUGAUGAAAGCGUACAGUAAGUUGAAGCAUCUCGUUGCAAAAGAUCCACAUCUUAAAGACUGCAAAUCGCCGCGUCUGAAGGUUCUGGGCAAAUGCACUUGCCCCGCAGGUUCAAAAUGGGACCCUGACGAGGAGACAUGCCUGGCAGAUGCAGGGCAAACCUUUUUCUACAUGUACAGAGCACAGAGUGACCAUAAUUAUCCGAUGAGCAAUGUUGACAUGGCUGACUUGGCCGGUUUGAUGUACUACUUGCACCAUGAGAUCGUCAAGACAAACGCUACGCCUGGUGUGAGAAUGAAUGGAAUCACGCGAAUCCUCCGCUGGCUGGUGACGGUACGGCCAUCGCAGGAAGUGGAGGAGCAGGACCUGAAGUUCAUGCCCUUCGUGGCCUUUGAUUUAGGAAGGUGUAGCGUUCCAGGCUGCAACCGACUGUGGGACCACUACGGCUUUGCUGUGGGCUGCCAGCGCCUGGCACGCGGCAAAGAUCUGAAGUAUUCUUACACGUCUCCCAACAACCCAUUCGGAGUAUGGUACUCCUUGCCUGGUCCAUGCCCCGCACUUCGCGUCGGGGAAAAGGAUGGUGAGUGCAUGGCAGCCUACAGUGGAGGAAUGUGCGAAGACCUGAGCCAGUCGCCACGUUGCACUUACAGCGCCGAUUUUGCUGGCGAGCUCUUUCUCGACGAGAUCGAGGGCCUGGAGGACUUUGGGAAGUGGCAAUCUAAGGGCAAUAGAGAGUAUGACCCUACGACCGACAAGGGCACUGGAACAUCGUUCUGGAACUUUCGAGAAAGCAGCGCCUGGUGCGAUCGACGGCUAGCACGAGUUCAGUCUCUGUUCAAGAAACGCUAUCCUUUGCUGCCGGAUGAUCUUCCAGCGCCAGUUUGUUGA